UUCUUUUUAGGCCCCUCCCCUCGCUCUCAGCUUCGUCGUCUCAGAAGGUGGGCAGCCCCAGCCACACUGCAUCUGCAGAACCCGGGUAGCAAAAUUGCAGGCAAGAGGCAGAGAGCUCUUAGAGCGGAGGGUGCGGGCAGGCGGACAGGAGCAGAGACCAGAAGGCUAGGAAACAGACUGGGAGGCAGGGGUAACGGAAGGCAGGGGGACAGGGCAGGGCUUCCAACCCUUUUCCCUGUCCCUCGGUACAUCCGAAACCCCUUUCCUGAGCCUGUGCUGAGCCCCUCCGGGGAGGCAGCUCUCCUGCUCUUCCUCCUCCUCCUCCUUCUCUUCCUCUUCCUCCUUCUCCUCCUCCUCCUCCUCCUCCUCUUCUCCCCGGGAAUUUCUCCCUUUGCCUCCAACCCCAAAAGACGCUAAACCAAGCGCUCCUUAUCCAUCAGAGGCAGAGACAGACAGACAGUCAGAGAGCGCGGGCUAUCUCCUUUUCUGGUCCUCCCCGCUGGGGGUGAGGGUUGUCCCUACCUUGCCCCAACAUUUACCAUCCCAGCCUCUGCCCCGUCCCUUCCCCCUCUCCUAGCCCAGUUAGUGUGAGACAGGGGAUUCUCCCACCCUAGAGAGCUCCGAAGCGCUCUCCUACGCCGUUGCUGCUGCUGUUCCAGUCUGACCCUGUCCCAGUUCCCAGUGUCUGUCCAGUCUAGGCGGCACGAUGUUGGCGCACAGGUGGAGCGGAAUCCUGACUGCGCUGGCGCUGCUUUGUCUCGCCGGCGCCACGCAAAGCGAAUCUCCCACGAACAUGACUCAGGUCAAAGAGAUUGUGGACCGCCUGCUGAAGGGCUACGAUGUUCGUCUCAGGCCUGAUUUUGGAGGAGACCCUGUCACCGUUGGAAUGAGCAUCCACAUCUCCAGCAUUGACCAGAUUUCGGAAGUCAACAUGCCUCUAUCCUGCUCGGUGAAAUGGAAUACCCGCUCUUUGGUGUGUGUCCACAAUAGAGCCAGCCUGUAUCCCAACAAGGCAAUGAAGCUCGUGUUCAUUGGCCCUCCCCUCAACGAGGACUAUACCAUCACCAUGUAUUUUCAGCAGAGCUGGAGGGACAAGCGCCUGGCAUAUAGCGAUUUUGAUUUCAACCUGACUUUGGACAAUCGUGUGGCUGAUCAGCUGUGGCUCCCUGAUACCUACUUUCUGAAUGACAAGAAAUCCUUCUUGCAUGGAGUGACUGUAAAGAACCGCAUGAUCCGUCUCCAUCCUGAUGGAACGGUCCUGUAUGGCCUCAGAAUCACCACCACUGCCGCCUGCAUGAUGGAUCUACGAAGAUACCCCCUGGACCAGCAGAAUUGCACUCUGGAAAUUGAAAGCUAUGGCUACACCGUUGAUGAUAUUGUGUUCUACUGGCAAGGGAAUGACUCGGCUGUGACUGGGAUGGACACGCUGGAGCUGCCUCAGUUUACCAUCAUGGAACAAAGACUGGUUACCCGAGAAGUGGUGUUUACCACAGGUUCAUACCUGCGUUUGUCACUGAGUUUCCGGAUCAAGAGAAACAUCGGCUACUUCAUCCUACAGACUUAUAUGCCCUCUGUCCUCAUCACCAUCCUGUCCUGGGUCUCCUUCUGGAUCAAUUAUGAUGCUUCUGCUGCCAGGGUGGCACUAGGUGUAACCACAGUGCUCACCAUGACCACCAUCAACACUCACCUACGGGAGACCCUCCCCAAGAUCCCAUACGUCAAGGCAAUCGAUAUCUAUCUCAUGGGAUGCUUUGUCUUUGUGUUCCUGGCUCUUCUGGAAUAUGCCUAUGUUAACUACAUCUUCUUUGGACGUGGUCCCAGUGAGCAGAGCAGGCAGGCCCAGACCGGCAAACAUUCUCAGUCCCAGGGAAAGCGAGGCAAAGGACGCAAAGGACCCCAGGUGGAUGCCCAUGGCAACAUUGCCUUGAGUGUUCUGGAGAUAACCAAUGAGAUGGAGGAAUCUGAAGCUGGCAGUUCUGGAGCAUCCAUCAACACCUCUGGGCUCCAGCUGCGCAGAGGGGCAACUUCUCGGGCUACCUUUGGCGAGCCAAUGGAGCCAGCCAUCAGCCCUGUUGGGGGUCGCCGCCGCCAUCGCAGCUCAGGGUGCCGCCACCGAGGUGGCCGUCUCCGCCGCCGUUCUCCCAAGAUGAAGCUCAGAAUGCCUACCCUGAAUGAUGUCAGUGUCAUUGAUAAGUGGUCCCGGCUUGUCUUUCCUGUCACCUUUGCCUUCUUCAACCUCUUUUACUGGUUGUACUAUGUCAAUUAAGUCCCCAUGACCUGUUGAGAAAGAGUUAGACAGAAUGACCACAGGGCACUGUGGUCCUUUUCACUUUGCUUUUUCUUUUGAUUCCAUUUUCCUCUCUUAUUUCUUCUUUCAUUAUUUGGUUUCAGACUUCUCUUUUCAGCACAAUGCAAAUACCGAGUGUGUCAAAAUAGGGAGAGGAAGAGGAAGAGGAGGAGGAGAAGGAAGAGACUAGCAUUUCUAUUUUGCUUUGUGCUGAAAGUCUUUCACCUUUCACAAAAUGUCAGAACCAAGCACCAAAAAAGCCCCCAAACAUCUUGCAUUAGUCCCAGUUUGAGUUGGGGGAGCAGGUAAGUGUAGAAGAUAAAAAGGGUUAAUUCUAUUGAGCCCUAGCCCCCAUUCACAACUCAUGAUCACCCCUGAUUUCUUUUCCUUCUCUCUUGAUACUCUCAGUUUCUGUUCCAUCUCACUUCUUACUAAGUCCAGGAUGGACUCCCUACCCCUGAGUUAAAGAAGCACGUCCUAUUUUGUGAGAGUUUGGCUCUUGCUCCUUCCCCGUUCUCCUAGCUCAGACUUUUGGUGAAUAAGUGAGGUGGAUAAUGAAAAUCUUACUGGCUGAGCUGGGGAAGGCUGAGGUGAGUAGUAUUUAUGUUGGAUAUAUUGGAAGCUUGGAAGAAUGGGUAGGGCCAAUGGUGGGCAUGUAGUCAACCGGACACAAUUGGCAAGUACCUUUUCCACCUUCUGGCACUCUAUAAGUUGUUUUUUGAGUAUGUGUGUUUAAAAACAUGGCUAUGUUGCAAGGACUAAAGAACAUGAUAGUAGAAUGAGCUCUUCAGAAAGUUUUGAAAGGUGUUGGAAAAGGGAGGUUUGUGGCACCUUUCCUAGGGGAAGGUUUUGUGUGUUGUUUACCUAUCAUUCUUUGUUGGGGAAGAGUACUGUCUACUUGUGUCUGUGUUGGCUUGGGGAUACUCGGAGUUAGGGACUCCAUCCAUCUCAUCUAUCCAUGGCUACCCAGCCCUAUUGAACUCUGAAAGGGAUGUGGGACACAAGUCCUCUUAAACUGUUAGCAGAUGGAAAACUGGAUGCCACCAUCUCUCAUUGGCCACUGUUUUAGUCAGAAUUUGGUUUCUCCUGGCCUUAGGUGAGUUGAUACCUGCUAUGGUACCUUGUCAAAAGAAUGAAUGUUUCAAUGAUCAACUCUGAAGACCAGGUGAUAGAAACUCUGACUUUUCCACACAUUCAGGUUAUGAAAAACUUAUGGGUCUUGAAAAUCAGCUUGUUUUCCACUUCUUCCUUCUUUUCCUCAUCUAGUUCCUGAAUGUGACACCUCUUUAGUUUCCCUGCUGGACUCUCUGAUUUUUGGGUGGGGAAAUUGGUGAGCAUCUGUCUCCUAAACCAUCAGGAAGCAGGGGCAAUACCUCUUGGUGAAGAACAGAGAACAUAAGUAUUAGCUGGAGAUUAGGCCUGAGUUCUGAAAAAAGAAGGGCAGUUCUAAGGUUGAUUUGUGUGGUCCUUUGGGAGAGCAGUGAGAAAGAAUUGGAAAGAGAACUGAUGUUAGAAUUUACUGAAGUGACCAAAGGUGUUGCCCCCUCUUCCUAUUGCCCCACAACCCAGGUCACAAUGAGAGUAGACAGGGCCCCUAGCCUGCCCUGGUCAGCUCCCAGAGUGGCAUGGACCUCCUCUUUAGACAGCAAGUUUGGCAGGAGGUUUGAGUCAAGAGGAAAGCUAUGACAGCCAUCUAUGCUGACCCUUGCUCAGCCUUGUGGAAACUAAAAUGAGAGGACCAAGGGGAAUAAAAGCAGACAAAUACUCAUCUAUUUCUUUGAGAUAAGGUUAGCUUUGUGUUCUCUUCCUGCCAGCUGUGGAAGUUUUGACUCUCCCAUUUAAUGGGACAGUUUUCUUUUCCCCAGCAUCAGAGAGUCCACCUCUAAAUCCCCCAAAAUAGACUUCAUGAAUUGACUUGCAAAAAAAAUGAAAAACUCUAAAACCUUUCCCUUCUACUUUUCUCUUUCCUUCUUCUUUCUAGUUUCUUCCUCAUUUUUCUCUAUCCUUUAUCCAUUUCCCAAGGUUUCUCAAGGCUUUAUCAUUUAUGUCUUGGUCAUUUUCCCCUUUUAGGUAUUACUGCAUAUAGUUUCAACAGAGUGCCCCAGCAAAACUAAAAAAAGUAUCUUAAGUAACAUCCCAAAUGAAA